AUGGCAAAUCUGGAAUUAGAAGACUCCGCCGCAUUGAAAGAAUGCGCCGGCGACGAUAAGCGCGAGGGCCGGCGGCCGCGCGUCAACAUCGCCAUGGCGGCCAUCCUCCGCAAGCAGGAGGAGUCUUGCAAGCAAUCCCUCGCCCAAAUCCCCGUAGGCAGGAAAACUGGCGGCAUACUCGCCCUUAAAGACAAGUCCGGAUACCCACAUUUGGUCGAUAUACCCCCGGAGCCGAAGCCCAAAGAGAAACAGCCAGAGAAAGACCCGAAAGUCAUCCAACCGCCUUCCCAAAAGAAUCAAGGCAAGUGGAACCAGUUUGAGCAGCGCGCCGGACAGAGAAACUACGGAUUGCAAAGCGCCGGCAUCAGCUAUAAUCCUCAAUACAGUCCGCAGGCUAACAUCAGGCUGCCCGUUGUGAAUCCUAAAGAGAUAGAUGUCCGCUCAGCAGCGCUGCAGAAACAAAACGCGCGCGCGGACUCCAGAGACAAAGGGUACAUGAGCAACGACAAACGACAGUUCCUCAAUGACUUGCCUCCUCGCUUCGCCAACCAGCGCUGGGCUCAGGAAGAAGAAAACAAGUUUAGAGAUAACGACUUCGCAGUCCAAAAUGUCCCUCUAGAACCCAGCCUGUUCAACCAGCCUCCGAACUGGCUCGGUAUGCCGCCGCCGAUGCUCCCGUCCCAACUAGCUUCUAUCCAGCCUCCGCUUAUGCCCCAAAUGCCGCAGAUGCCCAGUCAAAGACCGGGACAGAUAGGACAGAUGCCUAUUCCGAAUCAAAUGCAGUAUCCGCCGCCGCCGCUGUCGAAUUUGAUUCCCAACUUCUGGAAGUCUGACUUCCCUCAGACGUCGAGCGGGAAUCUGACGCAGUUCUACCCGAGCACGUUCGGGCAGCUCACGCAGAUACCGCAGACGCGUAAGCCGGACCCGAACUUCGUGAGACCGACCGCUAUAGGUCAGAUGCCUCGGCACAUUUCGCCUCCCGGGUACAACAUGCCGGGUUUCUUCGACCAGUACAAUCCAAUGCAGCAGACCAGGAAUUUCCUGGACGAAGGGUCGUUGCAGACGAACAGGAGUUUCUUGGAGGAGAAGGCUUACCAGCCGCUGGAGAUAGGGCGGCACGGGCCGCUGGAGCUGAGCGGCGGCCUGCCGGGCUACGAGCGCCGCCUGGAGGGGCGCCCCGGAGCGCAGGACGCGCCGGAGGCCCCGAGCCUCGACAUGGCCAUGCCGACGGAGGAACCCAUGCCCAUGGGCCGCGACUCUCCCGCAGAGGACCCCGGGACGUAUUCGCUGUUCAGCGGAGCCCCCGGCGCCGUGUCUUGGGGAAACGUCACGCAGCCGGGUUCCGAUUGGUUCGCCCCACCCUAUGAGCCAUGGCAGCCGUUCUCCCUUCACCCGCCUUUACCCGUGGAUACACCGGCCGCACCAGCCCGCAGCGCCAGGCCGGGAAAAGUCUCCAAGGCCGCCGUGAAGCCUCCUCACCCUUACAUUAGACCCUCCUGAACUUAAUCAAGCAUCGACUGCAAGAAGACUGCGCUCCGAAUGCAUAUCUCGGCAACACUACCCUGCCUUUGACUGUCUAUCCAUGUAUGUGUCUUUCCUUAUUGAGGACCACUCCCCAGCAUAUAGUAAAAUUGUUGUGAUCCUGUUGUAUCUAAUGUGUGAUAAAUGUUUUUUCGAAUGAAACAUUUGUUGUUAAAUUGAUGUUUAAUGUGAAUAUUUAUACUUUAUGAUAUGUAUACGUGUUAAUAUGUAUUCUCAGGGUUUUUGUUAAAACGAGUAAGGUGGAGUAGGAUGAUCAGCGGAAGAAAAUGGAUGUAUUUAUUUAUUAGAUUUUUAUGGACUACUCAAGUGUUCAGUAUAGACUAUCGGUUUUACUUCAUUUGAUUUAUUUACAUUCCAUUAUUUUACUAUAAUAGUUGCACCAGAGAUAUGACUUCGUUUAUGGUUAAAUUAAGUAUUUCGAUUGAAAGGACAAUGUUACCGUCAGAGAAAAACUCAAAUUUUGGAUACUUUUUUAAUUUCAAUACAUUCCUUUCCGUGUAAGUAUAACACAUAAUGCAAUUCCUACUUUUAGUUUUCUGCAGAAUAGCAAACAAUGCUAUUCGUAUUAUAAACAGUACGGUCAGUACGAUAAUUUUUAAAUGAUGCUUUCUAUAAGUUUUUACAGAACACAAAUACUUUCUGGUACGCAUACGCAUUGAAAUAAAAUACCUUAACACCUGGAGCCUAUUUCUCGAAGCUACAAGUGGUAGUCACUAUCUAAUAUGACAUGUUGGAAAGAGUCUUCCACUUGUAACUUUCAGCUUUGAGAAAUGGGCCACUGAUCCUGAUCUAUCAUAAAAAUCACACUGGUCACACGACCGUGACGUCAUUUAACGAAUAUUUUGGGAAAUAAUGUUUUAAUGAGUAGUGCUACCGAUUCUGAUUUGAAAGUCCAGAUUUGUAUGAAUCACAUUUAUCUAGUGUUCAUUUUAGAAAAUACCGUUCUGAAUAGGUAUGUUAAUGUUUUCUUUCGUAACUUAUCUUAUAUUAAUAAGUUAUAUUUGAUACUUCAUAGCCUCCAACAAGUCAACCAAUUUCAUUGAAGUUCGACCGAUUUAUAUUAGA